CAAACCCUCCUUGUACGGCUCAUUCCACUGGGGAAACAAAGUCGCCCAGCAUCCGGCGACUCGACUGCGGCGACUCGACGGCAGCGACGGCGGCGCUGCAGCGACCUCACCCCCGGGCAUCCGUCCCCUUCGGCGGCGCGCUUCUCUCCAGGCAGCCUAUCUAUUCCUCCUCUAGGUCUCCACUCCUCGCUAAUGUUCCGCUGUUCCCCACCCCUCCAGCCCACAAUCCCGCUGCUUCUCUGGCUCCCAUCCCCACCACUCUUCCGCCCUGCGCUGUGAGGUGAAGGGUAAAGAGGAGGAGAAGGCCAUGGCGAGGUUGGUCCCAAUGCAGGGGCUGGGGUGCGAGGCGGCGGUGGGGUCGUUGACGCCUAGCCGGCAGCGGGAGUACAAGCUCUGCAGUAAGCAUGCUGAGGGGAAGCGCCCGCUCUACGCCAUUGGUUUCAACUUCAUCGACGCCCGCUACUACGAUGUCUUCGCCACCGUCGGCGGCAACCGUGUGACAACUUACCGCGGCCUCCCGGAUGGUAACUUAGCUCUUCUGCAAGCAUACGUUGAUGAAGAUAAGGAGGAAUCGUUCUACACUCUGAGCUGGGCUUCUGACCUUGAUGGCUCACCGCUACUAGUGGCAGCAGGAAGCAAUGGCAUCAUUCGGGUCAUCAACUGUGGCACUGAGAAGUUGCUUAAGAGUUUUGUUGGCCAUGGCGAUUCAAUAAAUGAGAUAAGAACUCAACCACUGAAGCCUUCACUCAUCAUAUCUGCAAGCAAGGACGAGUCUGUUAGGCUAUGGAAUGUCCACACAGGGAUCUGCAUUUUGAUUUUUGCUGGAGGAGGUGGUCACCGGAAUGAAGUAUUAAGUGUGGACUUCCACCCUUCUGAUAUUUACCGUAUUGCCAGUUGUGGCAUGGAUAACACUGUUAAAAUCUGGUCAAUGAAAGAAUUUUGGCCAUAUGUUGAGAAAUCCUUCACAUGGACUGACCUUCCAUCAAAAUUUCCUACAAAAUAUGUCCAAUUUCCGCUCAUGAUUGCUCUCGUGCACUCUAACUAUGUAGACUGUACUAGGUGGCUUGGUGACUUCAUCCUGUCAAAGAGUGUUGACAAUGAAAUUGUGCUGUGGGAGCCAAAAACAAAAGACCAAACUCCUGGCGAGGUGGGUAGCAUUGAUGUCCUUCAGAAGUACCCUGUGCCCGAGUGUGACAUCUGGUUUAUCAAAUUCUCAUGUGAUUUUCACUUCAACCAAUUAGCAAUAGGCAACCGUGAAGGCAAAAUCUAUGUCUGGGACGUACAGGCGAGCCCACCUGUUCUAAUUACUCGGCUGAGCAAUCCUCAAUGCAAAUCACCAAUAAGGCAGACUGCAGUGUCAUUUGAUGGAAGCACGAUCCUCGCCUGCUGUGAGGAUGGAAGCAUAUACCGCUGGGACGAAGUGGAUCACCCAGCGGCGAAAAGUUGAAGCAACCAAAGUGGAUCACCCAGCCCUGUUGUCACGUGAAGCCGCAAUCUAUUUCCGCUGAUGGCAAAAGCCAGCGAUCAUGAUCUGAAUGAAUGUUUCAAGUUGGGAUGUAGGUUUGCUGGAUGUUUUCAGCUUAGGAUGUUGGCGUUGAACUUUAAUCCAGGUUGCUGCUACCUUCGAAACCAUCAUCAGUUUGUUCGCAUCCUCGUUUCCAGCAAACUGGAUUGAAAGCAGGUCACCACCAUUCAAGCCGUUGACAUGGCUGGAUUUCUGAACUGAACCUGUCGUUGUCUUGGCUUUCCUGGUUAGUUCGGCGGUAACAGGUACCCAAAAGAAACACCUUUCUGGAGAGAGAGAGAAAGAAGGAAAAGAAAAGCCACGAAAAACUGAGCAUAAUCAAUGCUUGAAGGAAUGCAUGAUGCCCUUACUUUUCUCUGACGUGUCUUGCUGUAUCUGUGUCGUCUUCAGGCUUGCUUUGGAAAACGUAUGAAUUUGACAACAAGUUUCCUGGAAUUUGGCAGGGAACCAAUUAGAGUGUUUUUUACCGCGGGAAGAUGGAAUUGUUUCGGCCUCGCUUAAUUUGUUUGUGAAAACCA